GUUUCAGUACCUCGGGCUCCCUCACAUUUCGCGGACUGCUCCUACGAGCGUCUGUCCCGCAACCCGCCUCGCAGCGCGUCUCUCCUCUCAACCCCGCGAUCAGUGAUCGGAUUAAACCGCAAUUAGCAUGACUUGUGACUUGGAUAUCGCCACACAGUACUAUGCGGGUCACACAGGAAUGUCAGCCACAGCUCUUUUGGCCUCCCCGGACGGUUCUAGGCACCCGCUGGAUCUGUAUGAUUUCUCGGAGGAGGAUUUCAGACCGCGAAAACCGCAGGCAGGAAUUUUGGACUGCUUCCUAGGCUGCAGCAACAGGGUCCACCAACAACUGGCCCGUAGACAAGUAGAGCAAGGACUGGAGUUGUACAAUCAAAAUAAGCACGAGGCUGCACUUGGAAAGUGGCACAGCGCACUCAAAAGACUGAGGAAAACAAGCGAUAGAUUUUUAUUACUUGGGUAUCUUUACGACGCCUACAUGAAUCGAGGGAAAUACAGGGAAUCCGUGGAAUUCGCCCAUCGACAGCUGAACCUGGCCGAGGAGGUGGACAACCCGAACCUGAGGGCGGAGGCGUACUUGAAUCUGGCCAAGGUGCACGAGCGGACCGGCGGGCUGGAGAGGGCGCUGGCAUGUGCGCGCCACGCUCUCUACAACGAGUGCGCCCAGUGUCGAGUGGCCGGCCUCGUCCAGGUCUCCGUCGCCAGCAUCCAGCUCGAACUCGCCACUUUUUGCAAAUCACUCCAGGCCUUCCAACAAGCUUUCGCAAUUGCUCAAAGGAUACAGGAUCCUGCCCUAGAACUUCAGGUUUACGUAGGACUUUCAGAGCUUUUUGGUCGUCUCCAAGAUGCCGAUAAAAGUGCUCGAUACGCCUCAAAAGCCUACGACAUCUCGCAGAACAUGCAGCUGCGGGACCUCAAUUCCAGGUAUCGCCGGGUUGCGCUCCUCCAAAUGGCGGCUGCUCUCCGGAAACAGGGAGAGCUGGGAGAUGCCUAUGAUUAUUGCACGGAGGCUACGAGACUGGCUUUAGUUUCUGGUGAUCAAUUUUGCUAUGCGCGGAGUAUUAGAAUUAUGGGAGACAUUUAUAGGAAGAAAAUGGAAAUUAGCAAUGCAUAUCAGCAAUAUGAAAGCGCCAUGCUAACGGCAGGCGCCAUGGGAGACCGGCUGUGUCACGUAGAGGCCAUGGAUGGGGCGGCCAGGUGCUUGGAAACGCUCCGACUACAGCAGAAGAUUUGCAACUGCCGACCUCUCGAACUGAACACAAGACUUCUAGAAAUUGCCACUGCCAUUGGCGCCAAGCUGUUGGUUCAUACGGUGCGCGUGAGGCUGUGUCAAAUCUGCCAGAGCUUGGGCGACGAGGAGCAGCGGGCGGAGCACGAGAGAGUGGCCCAAAUUUUGGAGGAGGAGCUGGAAUUACAGUGCGGCGCCUGCAAUUUACCCUUCGGUUACGACGAGGAUAGUCUCGAGGCCUUGCCGUGCUCGCAUAUCCUUCACGCCAGAUGUGCAUACGAUUUAAUCAGAGGCAGAGAUUCAACCAAGAAAACUUGCCCCGACUGUGAUAAGGCUGUGAGUAGUUCUAAACUCUAUCUACAUACUGAAACAUCGCACCAUAGUUUUGGAAAUUUACUAUUGCAAACUCAAUCAACAGUUUAAUGGUAAAGUUUUUGCUUUCUCCUCGGAGUCAACAAUCAGCAGGAUUGCCUCAGGUGAUGGGAGGAGAAAUAUUUUGCAACGAUGGUCAAGGUCAUGUUAGUUAAUGAGACCUAAUUCAUGUUAUACGCGAUACAGUCGUUGAACAUGAAUAUCGUUUUUCGGAUGAUAGUGUGUUUGUCUGUGUUCAAAACAUUAUCACCGAAUUUUUUUUUUUGAAGGUAUAGAUCUAUGAAACCUGCGUUACUGAACAUCACAUUUUUAUAAAUUAAAAAAAAGCUUAUGGUCUUACAGUCAUGGAACUUAUAGAGGAGAUGCGUACUUUCAAUUUACCUAGGGACUAAUCUGCUGUGUUAAGCUAAAACCGCUGAGCUCCACUCCAGAUGUUGAGAGUAUUUUUUAGGCGGAAUUGUACUUCAUGAAUAGGAAAAUCUGAGAAUGUGCCGGCUCUUUUUCUUUCUUUUUUUUCCAGUAUACCGACGUACUUUACAACCUACAGUCCGAGCAGCUAUUCUUAACGAAAAAAUCACGAUAUACCGAUAUUAAGUUGCGAUUUUUGCAAAAUCUCUAAGAUAAUCAACAUCUGAGCAAUUAUCCUCGAUUUUAUUGCAAUUUUACCGCGCGGCAACUUAUUACGAUGUACGGCGAUUUCAUCUCGAUUUGAUAGAUGGGAAAAUCGCAUUGUGAAAAGCGAUUCAAUCGCUAUACAUAUCGAUUUUUGGUUCGAUAUCGCAAUGAAUAGCCAUCGAAAGAAUCGCGAAGACCAACCGAUUAAAUCGCUAUUCAACGCGAUCGAGAAUGUAGCUUAAAACAUGAAACAACUUAGGUAUGGCAAUUGCUUUGUUAUGGAGUAAUGCGUCCGAGAAAAAAAUCGCAAAAUCUGGAAUGGAGAGCAGUCAGCCAAUUUUUAAUGGAUUCUUAAAAAAGGUCUCUUUUUAAUGUCUUUAUUUUGCAUCUGAGGAGCUAUCCUUCGCUUUCAACGCGACUCCAAACGUAGAGGAAAAGAAGGGAAAGGAAAAAAGAGACCAAUACUUUGUAAAUAUGUUCAGAGAGAAUUAUUGUAUUUUUUGUUUAUUUAUAUAUAUAUUUUACUUUCAACUAUUGUUGCUUGAAUUAUGAAACACAGAGAUGAGAUCCAUAGGAACUCUUUAAGAAAUGACUUUAUUUUUAUUUGGUUGUUGAUCAAUAUUGAUCGGCUAAUGAUUAGUUUAUUUAUUUUUUUGCACUGAGCACUCUUUGAUUACUGUACACCUUACACUACUAUUACUGUGAUAUAUAAUUUGUAAUAAAAUAAAAUGGAUACGGAA